GGCUUAGGAGUACUUAUUUUUAUAAAUUGUCUGUUACAUGGGAAUUUAGAUAGUGCUGCAAUACUUAAUAUCUAUGCAAGCACUAAAACUGGAACAAUCUUAUUAAUAUAUUUAGUGAAUUGUAUUGAGAAUAUUGAGAAUAUUUUUAUAUAUUUGAGCCUCUCACCUUGGGUAAGAAUCUUCUUUUCCCACAGAAAUGCCUGAAAAACCAAAGCUUCUACUCUGAAUUGGGAAUGGAUGUCAAAUUUCAUUUUGGGGCAGACACUAGUGCUUUUGUGAACUUCAGCCUUUGGACUACGGAAAAUUAAACUCAUUCAGGCAAACAGAGCUGGGCACCAGUGCAGAGGGGAAGCUUUGGCAACACUGAACUUUUAAAGUGGAAGGAAAUAGUCGAAACGACUACUUGAGGAUAUUUCUAGCUUUGGAGCUGUGGAAGUGUCAGUCCGAAGUCCAUUGGCCUGCUGGUUUAGUGCAAUGCUUUAUUGCUUUGGGGGUUCAGUUUUGUCUUCGUUGAUGCUUGGUGAACCUCCAGUAGCAUUUCUGGCAAAGACCAUAAAUAUUCUACUGGCAUCCUCAGUCUGGUACCUAGUGUUUUAUUGCCCAGAGGACAUAUUCUGCCGGUGCUUUUCCUUUCUGCCUCUUCGUCUUCUGGUGGCAGGAAUGAAAGAAGUGACAAGGACGUGGAAGAUCACAGAUGGCAUUGCACAUGCAGACAUUGUCUACAAAGAUGCCUGGCUUGUCAUGGUAGCUGUGGGCUGGGCCAGAGGUGCUGGUGGUGGCCUAAUUUCCAACUUUGAGCAGUUGGUGAGAGGAGUGUGGAAACCUGAAACCAAUGAGCUCCUGAAGAUGUCCUACCCUGUGAAGGUGACUUUGAUAGGAGCAGUUCUUUUCACCCUGCAACGCAGACAGUACUUGCCAAUAGCAAGACACAACCUUGUGUUUUUAUACACCAUCUUUCUUGUUGUCUUCAAGGUAAAAAUGAUGUUGACAAGAUGUGCAACUUCUCCACUUGCUCCCUUUGAGGCUGCAUUGGGCCAAAUCUUUUUUGGCUCGCGAAAGACACCUUCCAAAGUGAAGGGUGAAGGUGCCACAUCUUCCAACGGCUCUUCAGUCUGUGACCAGCCUUCUGAGCAGCACCAAGAGGGUGCUAAGAAAAAACAAGCAAAGAAAACAGAAUAAGUGACUUAAAAUCCCUGUGAUGGCCAUGACCGUUGAAGAUGCUUGUCUUCCAGAUUAGGCUGGCUGAGAAGUUUCUCUGAGGAAAUGAGAAAAGGGCUGUGUUGUCGUUUGCCUUUUUGGAAUGUGUUAUGUAAGCUAUGUGUAAAUGCACAUGUUGGAUUUGUAAGUUAAAACUACAAAUUUUUAUAGUGGUUAAAAGUUUAUUAAUUUUUGUAUUUAUGAUAACUGCAAAUGCUUAUAUGUUAAAAAGGUAGUUUCAGAAAUGUGACAAUCAUAUUUGUUACUUUUUUCCCCACUAUCCCACUUGUUUCACAUCUUCCUAUCUCCCAGUUCUGAUGUUUCAUUUUGAGAACACUGAUUUGCACUGUCAGGUGUUCACUGUAGCACAUCCCAAAUGAGAAAGUCAUUCAGUAAGGCUUAAUCACAUUUCACUGUGUAAAACCAUAAAAAUGUACCAAAUUAUUGCCUUUAACUAGAAAAAUAGCUGAAUUAUUGUUGUAAUUCACCUUGUACUGGUCUAAAUUUUCUUCAUUUCCUUAAGUAAAUAUUUUUCAAUAUUUUUCUAUUUUUUAAAGUGAAAGUAAAAUAUCUGGCACUUAAAAAAAAUCUUUACAGUUAGCAAGUAGAAACAUUUCAAUAUUUUUGCUGUUGGCUUACUUGGACUCUUUAUUUGCAAGCAUUUGAGAUGUAGGUGUUUUUCAUGCUGCAUUGGUGUUUUACGAGUGGUUUAUAUUUAUCUUCUGGUUCAUCAGGAACUAGACAUUUUUGCCUGCAUUUUUAUCCAAGUGUAUGCACUUUUUUCUUUUCAAAGACAAACUUCAUUAGAAAGAGGAAUACUGGACAGUACAUUUACCUUGUUUAGUCAGCACCCUGAGCCGCAGGACAGGGAUAGGAGCAGAAUGUUGCCGCAUAAUCCAGGAGGGAAUGGUCAGUGAGCUCCUACACCAGCUGGACACUCCCAAGUGGUGGGAUGGGAUCCACCCAGGGGUGCUGAGGGAGCUGGCAGAGAGCUCGCUGAGCCACUUCCAAUCAUUUACCAGCAGUCCAGGCAAACUGGGGAGGUGCCAGUUAACUGGAGGUUGGCAAAUGUGACACAAAUCUAUGGCAAUGGUCAGAAGGAGGGUCCAGGGAAUUACAGGCCUGUCGCCUGCCCUCAGUGCCAGGGAGCUCAUGGAGCAGAUCACCUUGAGUGCCACCAGCAACAGGUACAGGACAACCAGGGGAUCAGGGCCAGCCAGCCUGGGUUUAGGAGAGGUGGGUCCUGCCUGACCGACCUGAUCCCUCCUGUGACCUGCUCAGGGCUGAGGGAAAGGCUGGGGAUGUGUCUAGCUGCACUUCACAAAGCCUUUGACACCUUCUCCCACAGCCUCUCCUGGAGCAACCGGCUGCUCAUGGACAGGGCCCUGUUCUCUGGGGGAAGAACUGGCUGAUGGCAGGGCCGGGGAGUGGUGGGGAAGGGAGGGACGUCCAGCUGGGGCUGGGCACCGGUGGGGUUCCCAUGGGAUCAGUACUGGGGCCAGGCCUGUUUAACAUCUUCAUGAAAGGCCUAGAGGAGGGGAUCGAGGGCCCCUCAGGCAGCGUCUGACAGCACCGAGCUGGGCGGGAGUGUGGAUCUGCUGUGGGGCAGGAGGGCUCUGCAGAGGGAUCUGGACAGGCUGCAUCCAUGGGAUGAGGCCAGUGGGGUGAGGUACAACCAGGGGAACUGCUGGG